AUGAUUUCAUUCUCAGAAAUCAAGCUUUAUGUUUAUUUGAUUGGAGCAGUUGGUCUAGCCCUCUACUUCAAGUCACAUAAGGGCUACAAGCAUCUGACGGGGUCCAGUCCUAAGAAGACCAUCAAAAAGAGUCCUAAUGAGAAUCGUAAAAACGGCACAUGGGUUCCCGAAGAUUACAAAACUCCCGUCCCUCCACCAUACCCAAAUUGGGAUUACGAAAAAACGAAACCCUUGCCAUACAGGGCCUUCAGAAACAAGUACAACAUCACAAUGGGGAUUCGUAACAUGGAAUGGGACUCGUGGAUUGAGCUUGAUAAUGAGUGGCCCAAAUUUCAUGACGCCAAGGUACAGAGGCUUGAAGAAAGAGGAACUGAGCUCUAUGACACUAAGCCUGAAGCUCAGGCCGCUGUGUUUGAACUCCUAGAUGAAUUUUGGGGCUACUUGCCAGUGAAAUACCCCUCUCUCUUUCAGCAAACUCCAAGAGGUCUCAAGAAUUUGAAGACAGGCGAGGAAUUUGUGUUCAGAGGUUGUAAGCCCAGCGAUAUGGCCGAGGACCCAAUGGUAAUGGCAGCAAAAAUGGUCCAGGAUGACUUGGCGAUCAUGAUGGAAGGACCCACUGGUGAGUACUUUUUAAAAGCGGGUGCUAUCAUUCUUCCCGGAUUUUGGAGAUUCAGAGACAAAUUCGGUCUUUCGUUGAACCAAAUCCAUACCACCGGUGAUGUACCACAGUACAAGCAGAAGUUGCAGACGGGAAUGUCCAAAUUCUUUACUCGUCUUACCUGCGACAAACCGGUCGUCAGGAACAACUACUUCAUUCAGCUCGACGAUGUCUUAGGCUGGUCCAAGUCAAUCGGAAAUGAAAACUCGGACACUGUGGGUUGGUACACCGCAGACAAGGCCACGACACCGGAGCAAUUAUUCUACAGGUCGGAGAGACAGAGUUUGAGGAGACUUCCUAAAACCGGAGCUGUGGUUUUCACCAUCAGAACAUACUUUGCUCCUAUUACUGACAUCUGCAAAGAGCCAUACAUCCCACGGAGGCUUCUAGAGGGUAUUGAAAGUUGGAGUGAUGAUGUGAGAGAGUAUAGGGGAUAUGAAAAGUUUAAAGACGUCAUUUUGCCCUAUUUGGCAGAAAAGGCAGAGGAACAGGAGAGACGUGGUUAUGUUCCAGGAACUGAGCCCGCAGUGUACCCGUUCUAG